AUGUCACCAGAAACUACAACCACAGAGUCGGCGGGGCCCACUCCUGUACAAUCGACGCCGCCUUCGUCGCCGCUCGAGGAAAGCAAAGAUGGGGUGGUCAAGGAAGAGAAUAAAACCGAAGUUGACGUUGAGGACGAGGAGGACAUGGACCACAAGUCACGCGCUCUCACCAACCUGCUCAAGACUAGCUCUGUCUUUGUGGCUAUCAUGGCGGACAAGAUGAAGGAGCAGCAGAAGCGUAACCAGGAGGAGGCCAAACGUGCUUCUGCAAAGAAAGCGAAGGCAGGAGACACAGUGGACGAGGGCAAAGGCCCAACCAGGAAGUCUGCGCGGACUGUGGCUACCAUCGCUGACAAAGAGGAAGCGCAGAAGGACGAGAAAGAAAUCAACCUACCCUCACGUGGUCGUGGCCGAGCGGCUAGACCCCAGAAACGCAAUGCCGUAAAGAAAAACAUAAUGGACUACAUGAAAAAGGAGGAUGUUAACAUCGACGAAGGUCCAACUGUCCAAGAAGCUCUCGCCGAGGCGGCUGACGAGUACGAAGGCGAGGGCUUGGGCGCACAGAACCUUGUGGCCACGGAGCAGCCGAAACUCAUUACAGGCGGGCAGAUGAAACAUUACCAACUUGAGGGCCUAGAGUGGCUGAAGUCUCUUUGGAUGAACGGCCUGUGCGGCAUCCUGGCGGAUGAGAUGGGCCUGGGCAAGACGCUACAGGCCCUCAGCAUGAUUGCGUUCUUCAAGGAUAACAACAUUUCCGGCCCUUUUCUGAUAGCCGCGCCACUGAGUACGGUACGCAACUGGAUUGAGGAAUUCAAGUUCUGGGCACCGGACAUCGAGACCGUAUUGUAUCAUGGCAGCAAGGACGAGCGGGAAGUCCUCCGGCGAAAGCACAUGAAGAUGAACAACCAGAGCAAGUUUGAGUUCCCCGUCGUCAUCACGAGCUACGAGAUUGUAAUGAACGACAAGAAGUUCCUCGCCAACUACCAGUGGCGGUAUAUCAUUGUGGACGAAGGUCACCGCCUCAAGAACAUGAACUGCCGCCUCAUCAAGGAGCUCAUGAGCUACAACAGUGCUAAUCGGCUCCUACUGACAGGCACUCCACUCCAAAACAACAUCGCAGAGUUGUGGUCGCUGCUGCACUUUCUGCUCCCAGAAGUCUUCAACGAUCUCGAUAGCUUUGAGCGUUGGUUCGACUUCUCCUCGGUGCUCGACGACAACGGUGAGUCUAAUGGGAAGACCAACAAACGCAAAAACAACCUAGUGUCCACCAUGCACGCAAUACUCAAGCCCUUCCUACUGCGUCGCGUCAAGACGGAUGUCGAAUCAUCUCUGCCCAAGAAGCGUGAGUAUAUUCUUUACGCGCCUUUGACAGCCGAACAAAAAGACCUCUACCGCGAGAUCCUUGCAGGCACGAGCCGCAGCUACCUGGAGGAGAAAGCUAUAGAACGAAUUGAAGCACGCUCGCUAUCCCGUCCAGCCUCGUUGAAGCGCAAGGCCAAUGACUCGGGACGUUCCACACCCGCCAAAUCAAUCAAAGCCACGCGCGCAUCUACUCCCUCUUCCGAAACCUCCGUCGCCUCCACGCGCCGUGGGCGGAACGCCGCUCGCAACACCACCUACAAGGACGUCACAGAUCGUGAGUUCAACAGCAAGCUGCGGCGCCUCGAAAAUGGGGAAGAGGAAGUCAGGCUCGACACACCCAACCGUGUCGACGGCGCUAACAGUCCGACCGAUAGCGACGAAGAGGAGGAACUGCAACGUGCACAAACGCUGAAGUUGGCUAAGAAGGAAAUCGCAUCCAAAAAGCUGCAGAACCCCAUUAUGCAAUUGCGCCUAGCCUGCAACAGCCCGCACAACUUCUACUGGCCAUGGGGGCCAUCUACGGCCGCCGAAGCCGAUUCGGGUGACUAUCCCGACGUCGACGAGAGCCUGAUCAGCGCAUCGGGCAAGCUGUUACUCUUGGACACACUGCUGCCGCGACUGUUCAAAUUGCGGCAUAAGGUACUGAUCUUCAGCCAGUUCAAGACGACUUUGGACAUACUGGAGUCGUAUGCUGGCGGGCUGCGCGGCUGGAAGACCUGCCGCAUUGAUGGGUCGAUCUCGCAAGACGAGCGGCACGAGCAGAUCAUGGCGUUCAAUACGGAUAGCUCGUACAAGCUGUUUCUAUUGAGCACACGCGCAGGGGGCCAGGGCAUCAACCUCACAGCGGCGGAUACAGUGGUGCUGUUCGACAGUGAUUGGAAUCCCCAGCAGGAUCUGCAGGCGAUGGAUCGAGCGCAUCGUAUCGGGCAGACGCGGCCAGUCAUCGUAUAUCGUCUAGCGACACGGGGCACGGUGGAGGAGACAUUGCUGCUGAAGGCUGAUGGGAAACGGAAAUUGGAGAAGUUGGUGAUUCAGAAGGGCAAGUUUAAGAGUCUGUUGGAAGGCGUAGAUGCGGGAUCGCGCAAGAUGAGCCAGGUAGAGGCAGAGGAAGUCAAGGGCCUGCUGAAGGAGGAGGAGUGGGAACGCUAUGAUGUUGGGCAGGAGGGCAAAGAGAUACUCAGUGAGAACGAGCUGGCUAUCCUGACAGAUCGGAGUGACAAGGCGUACGAGCACGCUGCAAAGGGAAUUGGUGGAGGAGGCGGGGAGCGGGGCGUAUUCAAGCUGGCGGCAACCAAGGGAGGUGUCGACGAUGUGCUGGACGACUUGACAACAAAGAGUAGUGGCACAGGGAAGUAG